UGAUAAUCGUACCUGCUUACAAUACAGCGCAAUAUGAGAUCUAACGGCACCUGGUCGAACCACACACCUUACUAUCAGAUGUUGAGAAGGCUUUCGGACCUGUUUCUAACAUUACCGUAUCAAUUGCCUGACAUAAUAGUAAUGCAGGAAAUUACAAAUACAUAUAAUACUUACUCAGCCCGUCUCAUCAGUAUAGGAGUCUGAAUAUUCUCAUAUCAAAUUGUCCCGAUUUUUGUAUGUUCACUGGAUCUACGGCAAAAAAUGUGUAAAUCACCAUGACUAUAUAUUGUUAAGAAAACCUCAGCCCUUGAACGGCACUACCUCCCCCAAUAAAAAAGGAAGAAAGAAAAUUGAGUAUCAUUGUUCACUGAGGAAUAAUAUUAUUCAUGGGUUGUAAAGCUAUUUGAUUGACAGGAAAGGGUGCACCAAUGGUCAAGCCAGUUCAGGGAUCCUGUUGUACUAAUUCUUAACCGUAUUUAUCAUGCAAUCGAAUAACCAUUCAGAAUGACCAAUCGAUAUUGUUUCGCUUGACCAGGGAAUUAAAAAAGGCGGUGUUAACACAACUUUUCUAUGAAGGCCAAUGAAAGCUAUCUAAUAACGUCCAUUCAACGGCAGGAUAUUUGCCCUCUAGGGUUUGAUAACUUUUGCGUAAAAAAAAUUGCCAGCAAGAAUGACCAAUCGUUGUUGUUUCGCUUGACCAGCUUUGAAAAAGUUGACGUUCCGGUCGAGUAUAUUCUCCUGGACGUAUAAGAAAGGUUUAAGGAUCCAAUUAAGUCCAUUUGUCAUUCAAAGAUGAACAUUUGCAGCUAGCUACCGUUUACUAGUUGCUGUAAUUUACCUCCGACCAGCAAGGCUUUGAAACUUGUUUGAAAGUAAAUCCUCGUCCAACGAAGUAACUAUUUCUAGACUUUUACAAAGUUGAUCAAAUUUUGGGGGACAGCUUUCAACAUUUGAGCAUUUGUCGAGGUGGAUGAUACCGGUGUAUAGGCUCGGUACGCAUGCUAUGUAAGGAACCAUUCGACACGGACGUGAACUUUCAGGAGAAUCUCCCCCGCUCAGGCUUCUUCGCUCUUGCCAUCCUUGGACCUUAUACAGAGUUUGUGUUUGCUGGUGUGACCAAUUUAUUGUGAACAACCUUUCUCAUAAAACUCUAGAUGGUAUUAAUUGACUGCGGAACCAUAUCUUUUUGUUCGAAAAUUCAACGUCAAAAAUAAUGAAUCCGAGACAGGCUUGGGAGGUGAGUAAAGACCCGGAGGGUAGAGAGACAUGUGAACUGGACAAUCACAGAUCAGAUAUGACCAAAUCGCAAGAAAGAGACGAGAAAUGGCUGGCGAAAUUGGAGAAGCGAUUUAAUGCUAUAGCUGGCGAUGAUAAUCAGAUAGACUUGGAAGAAUUCAAAAGCGCACUGAACGUUAAGAAGUCCUUCUUUGCUGAGCGGUUCUUUGAGCUAAUUGACACGGACCAGUCAGGGAGUAUCAGCUUGAAGGAACUGAUAGGCGCUCUGCGGCUUCUUGUCAAUGGAACAGAACAAGAGAAACUUCACUUUCUCUUCCAGGUUUAUGACGCAGAUGGGAGCGGAUUCAUUGACUUCGAUGAACUCAAGACAGUACUUCACUCAUGCACGGCUGAAAGUGCGUUGACCCUGAGUGAUGAAACAUUGACGGAGCUCACUGAAAUUCUCUUCGACGAUGCCGAUGUCGAUGGCGAUGGUGAGGUCAGCUUUGAAGAGCUUUCUGAGCAGCUCCAGCGGUACCCUGGCAUCACUGCUAAUCUCAGCAUCAGUGCUGCUGAGUGGCUAAACCCUCAAACCAGCGACGAUGACCCGACGAAGAAACACCAACCAGAAUCAGCUACCUCGACAUGUUGCAGCUAUCAUACACUCCGUAAUCACUUCUCGGUCAUUACCUUCGCAGCCGUCUUCGUGAUGAUCAACGCUGGGCUGGCAGCAUGGGGUGCCUAUGAAGGAUAUCAAAGCAUCGAUGAUGAGAGGCAUCCAGUGGCACUCUGUAUCGCGAGAAGUACAGGUCGCUGUCUUAGUUUCAAUUGUUGUUUUGUGCUGGUUCUGAUGCUUCGAAAGCUGCUGACGCAAUUACGUAAUACAUUCCUGAUGUCGGUGCUCCCUCUCGAUCAGCAUGUCACCAUCCACAAAGUUGUAGGUGUUCUCAUCCUCAUCUUGACGAUUAUUCAUGUCGCCGGUCAUCUUACCAACAUCGGACUGAUCUACCAUGCAGAGAUGCUGAAUGAAACGACGCUCACGGAGAUCAUAACCCGUCCUGUGCCUGGUGUUGGGCUGGUAGAGAGCGCUUGUAACAUCACUGGUCUGGUGCUGGUAGUGGUACUCGUCGUCAUGAUACUAUGCUCCUUACCUUUCAUCAGGAGAAACGGAUAUUUCAAAGUAUUUUAUUGGACCCAUCAGCUGUGUAUCAUCUUCUGGUGUUUGCUCGUCAUACAUUCCAAGUACUUUUGGAUGUGGUUCAUUGUCCCAGGUAUGAUCUACAUAGCAGAACGUUUCUUACGUCUCCGCAUGUAUAGAAGAGCUCGGUUUGGCAUCAUCCAUAUCCAAGAGGGAUACGUGCUACCAGCUAACGUUGUUCAUCUUGUCAUCCAGCGUCCCGCGAAUUUCAAGUUUCACGCUGGAGAGUACAUCUAUGUCAAUAUCCCUUCCAUAGCAUCUCAUGAGUGGCAUCCGUUCACUAUCAGCAGUGCGCCAGAACAGCUAGAGUUCUUAUCCCUGCACAUACGAUGUCUGGGGCAUUGGACAAAGAGACUCUACGAUGUGUUUAAAGAACGUGAACUUGCUCAGCUGCGAGAAUCAGAGCCUGAUCCUUGUGACAUCGACAAUGACGUCAUCACUACAUGUCUAAACCACAGGAACAUGGACAAACCAUUAGAUGUUGUAGCUGAAGUAUGUUCUACCAAGACCACGCCCUCUGGGUCACCAUCUCGCCAGAGGGAUACCCCCUUAGAUUCGCCAUUACGUAAGACUGGUCAAGGCUCUCCUCAGAAAGCGAGUGGUAGAAAGCGGAACAUCAGUGGUGAAAUGAACUCGGGAUUCGAACCCGAAUCGCCGAUCGAUGCCGAAGCUACGAAGACGACUCUUGUGGAUGGGACUCCGUGUAAUAGCCAUAGGAAAGAUGAUGUUUUAUCGGAACAAAUGAGCGAGUCUCUUCAGAGAGUGAAGUUACCAGGUAUUGUGAAUACCAGUGAUUCUACAUCUAAGACUGACGAACCCCCCGUCAGAGAUGGAGGAUCACCGUCCCAUGUCACCGCGGUGGAUGAAAGAACCACCGAGUCAAGAUUCGUCAAAGGCAAAGGCUUCCAACUGAAGCACUUGAACUCACUCGAGAGCAUAGACAUCCAGGAUGCCAUGAGGUCUUCUAUACCGGCAUCAAACGGUCAUGGAACAGCGUUAGACACGACUGCAUCAGACCCACCGCAAGGAGACACCACUGAAGUACCACCGGUGAUGAUUAAAAGGACGGACUCUAGUCUGAGUAGGAGGUUAUUUACUAAGAAACUCAAUGACAAUGUGGGCAGGAAGUCAGGUCCACCGUUGAGCAAGAAGAACAGUCGUAAGAAGCUAAGAAGGAAUCACACCUUGCACUCAUUGGAUGUUGCUAGGAGUCUAGGUGGUGCUCCGCAUACAGGAAUGGAGGUUAUAUUAGAUGGUCCGUAUGGGGCACCUGCGCAGCAUAUCAUGGAGGCUGAACAUGCCGUACUCAUCGGGGCAGGAAUAGGUAUCACACCGUUUGCCUCUAUUCUGCAGAGCAUCCACGAGAGAUAUAAGGCAGCCAAGAAGCACUGUCCAAACUGUCAUCAUGCCUGGGUGGCUGAUGCAGCAACUAUACUUAAAACCAAGAAGGUGGACUUUUUCUGGAUCAAUCGUCAGCAGCUGUCUUUCGAGUGGUUUAUCAGCCUUCUGAACGCCAUAGAAAUGGAACAAGCAGAGAUACCCGUAGCAGGUCGCUUUCUCGACAUCCAUCUCUACAUGACAUCAGCUCUCUCACCCAGUGACAUGAAGGCCAUCGGACUCCACGUCGCUCUCGAUCUCAUCCAUAAGAAGAAUAAGCGAGAUACGAUCACGGGUUUGAUGACGAGAACCCAGCCGGGAAGGCCGAAUUGGGAAGAAGUUUUCCAGAAUCUGAAACGGCAAGAGAAAGGCAGAAUCACCGUGUUCUUCUGUGGCUCUCCUGCUCUUGGAAAAAUUAUCCGAACUAAAUGUUUGAAAUAUCAGAUGGACUUCAGAAAGGAGAACUUCUAAUCCUUGGACCAAACUCUUUGUGAAAUAGUAACAGAAUAGUGGACGUUUGAACAACUCAAUCAAUUUUCCUAUGCAUAAGAGUGGAGGUCCAGUGUUGCGGGCCCUUCUGUAUUAUAAGCCGUAUUUAUUAUCCUUCAUAGUAGCAUAGCUACAUGGGUCAUGGGGCCAUGGCUGCAAGGGGAAGGCACCCACAAACCCCUCCCCCACCAUCGCCUAUCAAAUGGUGAAAAUAGAGCAAGAUGGGAAGGGUGACGUGAGCGAAAAAAAAGUGAUACGACCCUUCCAUACCAUCCCAUCAUUUUCUGGACUUGUUCUCUUGCAUAUCGUCAAUCAAUAUUUCUGGUACCACCCCCUUCCCUCCCAAUGAUCGCAGAGUCCCUCACUGCUGACGAGAUUCAUGCCACGCCACUGCUCUUGUUAUUUCAUAGGCAGAUUUAUUUCAUAGGCUAUGUAAAACACGAUCGCAACUACUUUCGAGAAAUCAACUCAAAGACAAUUUCAACA